AUGUUCAGGCUCUCACCCGCCAAACCUUCCUCCUCAGGUACCAACCCAAAAGCCCCGCCAACAUCGGCGGAAUACGACAAUGGGCUGAGAGUCGAGGCCAAGAACGUAUACAUGGUUAUUUCGUCGACGGGGCUUCCACGACAGUACCACUGGGGAGUACUUAUCGCUUCUAAUGAACUGGGAGGAGUCAUUUUUCACCAAACUCUCAAUGGAACCAUCUGGCGAUAUACAGUUGAGUUCGAGGAUAUUACGAGAUCCACGGAAUUACUCGUUGUUUUAAAACUCGGCGAGGUCCCAGACAUCACGACUGAGUGGAUGGACGCUAUAAAACAGUGCGUUCAAGCUACUGAGGUGCCAGGAGACGAGUUUACUUGUCGAACCUGGGCUCUCGCGGCGGUAUAUGAACUUGCCAACUGCGGGUUUAUCGGAAUGGAGCCAAGCUGGGAAAUCAUGAAGAAGAUUGAGGACGAAGCCAACGACAUUGCGAUGGACGCAUUAUUUUCCAACCAAAAGCUCGUCGUGGAUAGUCGUCAGUGUACCCUUUGA